AUGGUGAUUUUCCAUUGUUUUUUGUAUGUUUACCAGGCCGGGUACUGGAGCAUAUCACCUACCAAGCUUCCGAUCAGAGCCCAGGAGCGCCUACAAGUUGUUUUUGGGUGGCUCUGCGAUCCGCAAACUCUCGCCGACUUCCCUGUUUCAUCUGUCAUGUCGUUCCGUGAGCGACUGGCAAGGAAUUUUGCCAAUGCCCAGCAAGCGGACGAUGCGCAGAGACAACAGGUCGUGAACGCUUGGGUGACCAAGAUCAACAAACAUUUCAUGAAGCAUUGCGAGGCCGCCUCCCGUCGUCAGCGGCCAUCCUUCAAAAUGGAUGUGCCGCGACCUGUCCACCUCACCCAGCUUGGUGUUACUGAAGACACCUUGCUACAGAAGCUGCAAGAUAUGCUUCAGGAGCAGGGCUUCUGCCAUGGAACCGACGGAUUCGUCACUCCUUUUCAGAAAGUCUGGAAACGGCAGGGCAACAGCUGGGUAGAUGUUCAUUCAGCAGAGGUGACCGCGAGAUGGACGGAUGAUGCAACCAUUGCCCAGCAGCUGGCUAGGAACAUCACCGACUACAGUGCCAAGACGCAAAAGAUGAUGCUGCUAAAGGUUGCAGCAAUAAAGAACGAAUUCUUAAGGAGGUGUGAAACUGCUUCGAAAGAUGGGGCACUCUGCUGCAACUUCCGGAUUGCUGUUGGUCAAUCCCUUGCCUCCAGAAGAGGCUUUACCUGCGAGAUCAUGAAAGAGAAACUCCAUGAACACCUUGCAGACCUUGGCUCAGCCUUGUGUAUCAGUCACUCCCUCCAGCCUCAGGGGCAUGUGGUGUUUUUCUUGUCGGCCAGUUGGGAUCCAGAUGCGCUGACUGACGACGCACCGCAAGUCACCGGUGGCACUUGUGCCUCAUGUCCCAUCUGCUACCAGCACCGCCCAGCUGUGGCCUUGGUUCCCUGCGGCCACGUGGUGUGCCGGGACUGCCAUCGGAGUAACCGGCACAGGCUGCAACAGUGCCCGAUGUGCCGUGGAGUGACGACUGCGGUCACGCGAGGUCUCUACAUGGACCAGUGA